AAGCUAAAGGUCAUUGACUCAUUGGUCUGAACUAUCUUUUAUAUUUAUAGAAACAUUUUUUAAAAAAAAAAUAUUCAUGAACUCAAGUAAUUAAAUAACUUGUAUGGUUUCAUCAGUAAAGCAGAGAGAACAAAUAAAAAAUAAGAAAACUCCAAAGAGAGAGAGAGCAAAGGGGGCACAUGAAGACAAGAAAACAAAGUGCUUCUACAAAAACAAAGAACGAACCAGACACCAACACUUAACUGUACUUAUUACUAAACUCUCUCUCUCUCUCUACUGAGUUCGAAACUUGAUGCGCCUCUCUCUCCUAUCUUCUUUGCACUUAGUUUCUCUUGUCGGUUGCAUCUCUAAUUGUGUGACACCACUGGUGUGAAUUAGGGCUCUUAUUGAAGACAUCUUUAUCUUCCGGAGUGCUCUAUCUUUUGUAAAAUCUGAGGUCGUAGCUGGAAUCAGUUUCAUUCAAUAGCGCCUCUGAGUCACCCCCAAAGAUGAUUCCAAUGGAUAAACACUUUGUACCGCCGAUCACUAGCACCACCGGUCUUGUAUUCUCGGCGAAUUACGCUGCCUCUGGGUUGCAGCCAGCUGUGGAUACUUUGGCUUCUGUGGCAGGAGUCAAAUCUGAAGCUGCUUUGGUCAUGGAUUGGUCCCCUGAGGAGCAGUUUGUAUUGGAGAACAGCCUUGCAAAAUUAACAAAUGAACCGAAAAUUUCAAAGUAUGUAAAGAUCGCUGCAACACUACGAGAUAAAACUGUGAGGGAUGUAGCAUUGAGGUGUAGAUGGAUGUCGGGAAAACGGAGAAAAAGAAAAGAAAAUAGUGCUGGGAAGAACAUUUUCAAUAGAAAGGUGGUGGAUACAUCCCCAGAACUGAGCAUGUUAACCAAUGUGCCACAACAAAAUGCUUUAUAUGUCAUGAACAAUAUGUGCCACAGUACACACAUGCCUCGUGAAGGUUUAAGUGAUGCAGUAAUGGAUCUUCUACAUCAUAACGCUCAAGCGUUUAGUCAAAUUUCAUACAACCUCUCUGUGUGCAAGCUGCAGGAUAACAUCAGUCUCUUUGAUCAGACAAGAAAUAACAUCAGCGCCAUUCUGACUAAUAUGAAGGAGAUGCCAGGUAUCAUGAGCAGGAUGUCGGCUCUACCUGUUACAGUUAACGAUGGUCUUGCAAGCCAUUUAUUGUUGAGUACAACACAGCCAACAUCAUACACCAUUCACCCAAGCAGCCACCUGAAGCAAGAGCCGAGAAUUUGAUGGGGAAAAGCUGGAUUUUGACGGAUGCUAAAGAAAACAGCAAAAGUACCUGGUAAGUGAUGGACAUGACACGACACAGACACAGACACAAGUGUUAUGAACUGCAGACACCUCUCCAAAGCACACACGGGAUUGACAAUCGGCACUGGUAGAAUACUUGUGCUCUGGGGGGAGUUUGACUGAGAAGAAUGAACUACAGGCCGAGGUAAAAAAACUCUUUGGCGUUCAGUAGAACAUAUGGGUUGAUGGAAAUUGCUGUAAUCAUGUUGAUGUUUAAAUUAGUACAAUUAACAGUUCUUGUGAGUUUUGUCUUCAGAGGCCGCUUAUGUGUAAUGUUAAUUCUGCUUUAGGUGAUAUUAACAUGUAUUUAUUACAUACUCCAUGCCGCUUUCUCAAUUCAUUUUUGUAAUAGCUUCGGUAAUAACAAAAGAUUUUCUCAAA